UCUCUUAAACAAUAAAAUAUCUAAAUAGAUAUUUCCUUCAUGCACCCUCUUCUUUAUAAAUAAAUACCACCUCCACUGCUCAAAAUCAAACUUAGGCCAAAACAAACCAUGGAACAAGGCAUCUUCUUCUACACAACGUCCCUCUCUCUUACCUUCCUCAUAAUCUUCACUUUCCAGUUCUUUCUUAAAACAAAACGACGACAUUACACAAACCUCCCACCAAACCCUUUUUCUCUCCCCAUCCUAGGCCAUCUCCAUCUCCUAAAAGCCCCGGUCCACCGAACCUUCCACCGCCUCUCCCAAAAACACGGCCCUAUUUUCUCUCUCUGGUUCGGUUCGCAGCGCGUGGUCAUAGUCUCAUCCCCGUCCGCUGUCCAAGAGUGUUUCACAAGAAACGACAUCGUUUUGGCAAACCGUCCUUCACUGCUCCUAUUCAAGCACAUAGGCUACAACAGCACGACCAUCUCAACCUCUCCAUACGGCGACCACUGGCGCAACCUCCGCCGCAUCGGCGCCAUCGAGAUCUUCUCCUCCGCUCGACUCAACACAUUUGCAAACACACGAAAAGAUGAAGUGAAACACCUCAUAUGAAAACUUGUACAAAACUCGGUGCAUGAGUUUGAGAGGGUGGAGUUGAAGUCUAUGUUCACUGAGCUAACCUUUAACAUCAUAAUGACAAUGGUGGCGGGGAAGAGGUACUAUGGGGAUGACGUGUCGGUGGACAAGGAAGAGGCCAAGCAGUUCAGGCAGAUUAUGAAGGAGGUUUUUGCUCAUAGUGGGGCAGUGAACCCAGCAGAUUUCUUGCCCAUUUUGAAUUGGAUUGGGAGCAAUGCUUAUGAGAAGAGGGUGAUGAAGUUGGCUAAGAGGACGGAUUCGUUUUUGCAAGGUCUGAUUGAUGAGCAAAGGAGUAAGGGUAAAAAUGGAACUAUGAUCGACCAUUUGCUUUCUCUGCAGGACUCACAGCCUGACUAUUAUACUGACCAACUCAUCAAGGGCUUUAUGCUGGUGCUGUUAUUGGGUGGCACUGAGACAUCAUCAGUCACACUGGAAUGGGCCCUGUCUCAUCUACUUAACAAUCCACAUGUGCUAAGAAAGGCUAGAGCUGAAUUGGAUGCUCAACUUGACCAAGAACACUUAGUUGAUGAACAAAAUAUCUCUAAACUACCCUACCUUCAAAGCAUUAUAUCAGAGACGCUGCGGUUGUGCCCAGCCGCCCCGAUGCUAGUACCACAUUUUGCAUCUGAUGACUGCACUAUUGAGGGAUUCGACGUUCCACGUGGCACAAUGUUAUUGGUGAAUGCAUGGGCCAUACAUAGAGAUCCACAAUUGUGGGAUGAUCCUGAAAUGUUCAAGCCUGAGAGGUUCAAAAGUGGUGAGGAUCUGUCACACAAACUCAUGCCAUUUGGAUUGGGAAGGAGGGCUUGCCCUGGAGCAGGCCUGGCCCAACGUGUGAUGGGCUUGACCUUGGGGACAUUGAUCCAAUGCUUUGAGUGGAAGAGAGUUGGUGAGGAGGAGAUUGACAUGACUGAAGGUAAAGGACUCA